AACGCACUGUGGUGCGUGUGGCUCCCUACAACAAACGCCAGGGCGAGGGAGGUGGGGAAGUGCACCGGCUUAAAAUCUCACAUACCGAUGCGCCGCACGAAAAUGAGGACGAUGUUGAGGCUGUGCAACUACGCUCCCACAUGGCACUAUCCAAUGGUGAUGCUCAGAAGAAGACCUCGAUUUUGAUCAGUGGCGAUGAUUGCUACUCCACCAUGAACCUAAGCUCCGACACCGCCCAACCCCUCUAUCAAUCCUCGGUUGUAGUGAAGGCGGAGGCUUCACCACAAUUGAAUCUCAGCAACAACGCCAAUACGGUGACUAUCAAUGUGAGCAGUCCCGUUACUUCGCCGCCAGCUUCGCGUAGUAGCGCCGAGGAGCUUAUCUAUCAGCACAAUAAGCUAAACACAUUGCGGAGUCAACAAGCACUCAGCUCUGCGGGUGAGGUGCGCCGUGGUGCCAUCAUUCCCAUCAAGGGCAGCGACGUCAAUCUACAGCGCUCCGCCUCCAGCACAUCAUCAGCGUCCAGCAGUUCCAUGGCCAGCAACUCGAGCGGCAGCAGCACAAGCGGUCUGGGCAUGUCCAAACGCGGCCGCACACUCAUUACAUUGGACUAUGAGAAGGAGCAGCAACAGCAACCGUCGCCAACGAAAACAAAAGCGAUGACCACGUCAACGCCAAUCAAUACGCCAACCGCACCAACAGGAGCAACCGCAGAAACUGCACCCUCACCCAUUCCUCUGGUAGCUCACGAGACAGAACUUUUGAAAAUUUUACGGAAUCCCGUCGAAGCCGUCAAACGCAAUUUGGUGCCGCACGUGUGCGGUCGCGCCGCUGCCACGGUCCAACCGAGUGAUGAAGCGCGCGCUAAGAAAAUGAAAGAUGGCUGUCAUGUUCAACAAACAGCGCCCAAUGGGGAGCCCACACAGACAAGCGGUUUUAUAGCAAAGCUGCUGGAGGAUCCCACAUUGAGUCAAGUGGCCGAUGGUCUUGAGACUGAUACUGUAGCGGAGCUGAUUGAAAACUCUCUGCAGCGAUUACAGCAAACGCGUCAGGCCAUCGAUAUGAGCGGCACCAAAGAUCAUGUUGAUAUGAAUCGGUUAAUCAGCGCUUCCUUGCAGCGUAUUCGAGCAGAAAGGAGUCAAACUAAUACGUCCUCCACACAGCAACAACAACAAUUGCUGGCCGUGUCAGCCACAACGACCAAAGACGAGGAUCGCUUCUCAAAUCGUGGAAGCAUUAGUUCCGCCAAUAGUUUCGCCUCGGCCCAUAACUACGAACUGUUCGACUUCGAGCAGGAGGCAGAAGCGGAGGCAGCCAACGAAUCGGACUGCUACCAGAGCUGUUCCAGCGAACUCACAGCCGCCGGUAUUUUGGACGAGGAUGAAAACGCCGACAUUGCUACACGGACCAAGUUCUAUCAGCUGCUGGUUGAUGCAACGCUGGCAGAGAUCGAGUUGGCGACACAUACGGAACAUACACUGGAUGACUCGGAGCAUCACUAUGAAUCCAUUAGACACACCGGGGAUCCCAUCUAUGAGGAAAUAACAGACGUUCCACCGCCACUGCCCCUUACGGCCCCACCCCUCAAUGAUGCUGAGCUGGAGAAGAAAGCGGCACGCUCCAUAUUCGAGGGUGCCUCCAAGUAUGACAUUCUCUCCUAUCUCGUAGACGCCAAAGAGCGUGGACUAGUGCGUGAGGAGAGCUGUGAGUUUACACCGAAUAACAGCAACCCGAAGAUCAUUGAAGAGGAGGCUGCCGAUACAUUGAGUGAACUGGACAGACGCAAGCAGCUGUUUAACCACCUGAGCGAUGAUGGACAGAACAACAUGAACUCCCUCUCACCACCCCCGCACACCUUUAUAUGCGGCAAAGGUGGCGCAUCCAGCGACAUAGAGCGCCAGGAUUCUGGCGUCGGCUCGGAGACUAGCAAAACGUCGCGAAGCAAAUACCAGGCGGCAGGUGUUACACCCGCCAGUCCGCUUCAUCUCUGCGAGGACUGUGAUGGUGCCGUGGAGACUCAAGUUAGCGAAGCAGGCGUUGUCUUCGCUCCCCUCGUUUGCCGAAAAUGUGGUAAAAAGCGUGUAGAGCGCAAAGAAAUCAUCACCGAGAUUGUCGAAACGGAAGAGAAAUACGGCCGGGAUUUGCAGAUCAUACUCGAAGAGUUCUGCCAUCCCAUGCUGGUUGCAGGCCUGUUGACGCAGGAACAGCUCUCCGCAAUCUUCCUCAAUACGGAAGAUUUGCUUGAGAACAAUCAGACACUAGCUGAGCGCAUGCGCGACGCCCUGGACAUUGCUCUGGAGCAGGGCGAUGACGAUUUGCUCACUGUGAAUAUUGGACGCAUCUUCCUUGACUUCACACAAAUGUUGCACGCCUUCGAGAGCUAUUGUGUGCGACAGGCGGGAGCUAGCUUGCUUUUGGCGAAUCUGGAGAAGGAGAAAGAGCUGCUGCGCAUUUUUCUCAAAGUGUCGCAGAUGGAGAAUGCUGUGCUUCGUCGAAUGAAUCUCAAUUCAUUCCUGAUGGUGCCUGUGCAACGCGUCACGAAGUACCCUUUAUUGCUGGCUCGACUCUAUAAAGUGACGCCCGCUCACCUCGAUGGUCGUGAGCUGCUGAAACAGGCACAGGAGAAAAUUGAAUUGCAUCUAAAUCACAUCAACCAGGAGGCCAAGGAUGUCCCAACGAAGCUAUGGCGUCGAAUCUCCUCGUCAAGCCCCAAUCGCCGCGCAUCCUGCGAAAUUGAUAUGAUAAACAUCAAGCUUCGCAAAAUGGCCAUCGACAUACUCGAAUGGAAUCACGAUGAGGUCCGUUUCGCCAUGGAAGGCAAACUGCUCUACACCCAACCCACGGACAGCAACUGGAAGAAGGCGCGCACUAUCAAGCUGACGCCAUUAAAUGCGCUGCUCGUAACUAACGGCAAGCCAAGUGGCAAUUAUAAGGCAGAGAAGGCCAUGUCAGAUAAACUGAAUUUCCCGAAGCACACGGGCAUACGAGAAGCCUCGCUGUUGCUGGUGAAAGAGAAGUGCGGACGUUAUACGCUGAUACGGGAGCCGUUGUAUCUGGACAGAUGUGUUGUGUGCAGCGAAGCGGAUUGGGAUGAUUAUUUCGAAGUGCAGGAAAUUUCAUCGAAGGACACAUUCAUAUUCAAAGCUGAGGAUGGUGUACGUACCAAGCAGUGGUACACCCAACUGCAAUAUCAUGCCCAGGGCAUGGGAGCGUGGCGCAAGAGACGGAACGCCCUGGCCAACAUAAUGAUCAAUGGAAUGCUGGCGCGCAGUUAAACAGGCGCGAUACAACUAUAAUAGUUCUGGUGGAAUUGCAUUUAAUAUGAGCAUGGCGUAACGAUAUCAAAAUUGGUCUUUUAAUUUGUAUUUAUGCGUUUUUAACAAACCAUUUUUAUUAUAUAAUUUAAGUGAUAUAC